AAUCGAGGGCAUCUGAGCAACUGUCCUGCGGACGGACCUCAUUCUUAGGACUCGUCUGAUUCUAUUUUAGCGCAGUCAAUGGUGACCUGACGUCGUAUUUAGUUCCGAAACGUUAGUCUGCUGCUCAAGUGGCUUCCCCGAUGGGGCAGUGCAAGGACCGAAGCGAGCCUUUGCGGCGCCAGAUGCGAUCACUGGCCGGGUGCCUAGCGCUGGUGGCAUUUUUAGGUACGGGCUACAGGUGCCUAAAAUUCAAUGCCUAUUCCAAGCUUAUUUCAGGGACGACGUGCCUUGUGUUCCCGUCGGGCGAUAUCACCGUGGCCAAGGUUCUGUGGCUCGUGUUGGGAAUGGGACUCGCUGCUGUCCACCUUUGUGGCCUGUUGGACAGAUGUAGACACAACAGGACUUCAUGUAGACAACGAUUGUAUCUGAUGGACAAGUGCAGUCUUCGUUCUAGAACACCAAUUCUAAUUUCUGGAGACAAUCUAAACAAAAUUCAAGUGGAUACGCCGCAGUUCCAGGGACAAAUGGUCAUUGCAGCAAGUCGCAGCAGCUUCGGGCUGCAGAUACAAGGCCGAUUUACAAGAAGAAUACCAGCCAACAGCAAAUUAUUCCUCGCUCUGGAAUUUCCAGCGCCGAUUAAAGAUUUGAAGUGGACACUGAGAGUGAUGCUAGCUGUGCUAAACAAGUUCUGGAGGUCGAGACGAGGUAAACCCGAGAAAGAUGAUGUGGAGAUACCUCGUCUUACUAUCCCGAUGCUGCCGUGUGAGAACUCGCACUUUGGUGUGGAAUUUAGUGGACGAGCUGACCCACAACCGGUGAAGAACUACACAGUCGGGAAGGUUUACACUCUGGAAGCGGGCAUUACCGAUUGGAAGUGGAGAUACCUGGCCAGUUUGAUACUUGCAAUCUUCAUGAGGCUUCCAGUUGAGUGGAUCCCUCCUGUGCAUCUAAUGGGGUUUGUAGUGACGUCGUCAAAACGAGACCCGCAAGCACUGAAGCAGUCUCAUCACAAUAAGCAAUACCUGUUUUGCUUCUCUGUGCACCAUCAAAAACUACUGCCAGACGUGGAUACUCAACGCCUUCGAGUUUCCCUGAAAGAUGGUCCGUUUCCAGAUUUCGAAGUUGGCUCUCCUAUUGCGCUGUAUAAUACCAAUGGACGACGAGGUGGCGGUGUGCCACUAGCUCAUGCGGAAGCGUGUCGACGGAUAGCGGAGGAUGCUCGUGCAUUGAGCAGAUUACGUUUUUCACUCGAUGUUUGGGUGGAGUUCGUCGAUCGCGUAGCAGGCCGCCGUAAAGUGGGGUAUCUACUGGAAGUUGUAGAUAUGACGAAGCAGAUUCGACGCACAGUAAUGCGCAGUGCUACAACCGUCAAGAAUGCGUUACUUCUUCUGCGUUUGGAGCAUCAGAUCGACAGGAAAGAAACGGAACGUGAGACUGGCAUCUCUGAAAUUGAAGAACCAGGUACGGACGAGUCCGUAGACUUCCAGAACUUAAGUGUUGAGUCGCGUGAGUAUCGUUACGAACAGAUUGAAAACGAGACGUCAGCUGUGGCUCAUGUGCUCGACCAAAUAGCGUCAAAGCCAUCCCAAGGGCGUCUUCGGUGGCGACUACCACAACGCUGUUACCAGAACCAGUUGGAAAAAGCCACUCUCUAUCGCUGUUUAAUGUCUCCGUCGCGGUUGCCUUCUGUACCGAGUUACCGAGCAAUUGGUGUGAAGAUAAACGAGUCUCAACUCUUGGCAAUGAGUGUCGUGUGUGAAGCGGGUAUUUAUCGUCUACAUGGCGCUGGAGACGGAACGACGCCAUUGCUACGUCAGGAGUGGUUUAUUGUGUCUGCAGACCAUCUCCACUUCUUUCGAUCGUACUCGGUAUCUCCGUCAUUAAGCAUUCCCGUCACCAAUGUACUCAACGUUCGCAGCAUCGAUCACGUGGGUUUACUGAAUGGCAACAAGCCGGUAGACGCCCACCAUGACCAAGGUGCAGUGUCACGUUGGUUUUGCUUGGAAAUUCACCUCGUGCUCGAAGUUGUCACGCUUUUUGUGGAGACUCAGGCUGAGCGUAACAACCUAGUUGCAUCGUUACAACCUUUGACUAUAGACGACUGCGAUCUCCAUGUUAAGGCAGAGGCUGUUGCUGCGUCGCCUCUUUUUUCUCCAUUAACAUUGGACUCUCAACACCAACCUGUCUGUCUUAACCAGCGCACACCUCGAAUAGUUGACGAGUUUCCGACGGAGAUGAACGUGCCAACAGCAUUGAAGCUGGUGAAGGAAAGUUUGGCGGAUGGACUCAAAGUCUUCGCUCUGGGGGAGAAAGCCAGUCGACUUCGUAUCAACAGAAGCAUCGUUCUUGCUUUCCUCGACAAGGUUGAAAAACUGAACAGUCUCGAUCUGGAAAAAUGUGCGUCUGGAAUGUCCAGUGAAGAUCGAUUCGCAUUGGGACUGAAUCUGUACCACACGCUGUACAUCCAUGCAGUACUCAUUUUCGGCUACCCGCAGUCACAUGAACAAUGGAAAUUGCUGCAAACUGUACCGUGUUUUCUCAUGCGAGUCAAUGGUGGUACCGAGUCUGUAAGGUACGCGUUGACUGACAUCCAGCGUGUUAUUCUUCGCUGUCCUGUGCCGGUGAGUUUGGAAGCCUCCAGUAUUAAGCGGAGUUUAUCCCAGAACGCACUCAUGGAUCUCGCUAUUGGUGGUGGAGACGCUAUCGAUGGAUUGUGCAGAGCAGUCCUGGGUGUAACGUGGACGCCUGUGCUGCGGAAUAGCAGCUCAUACGCAGCUAUUAAGAAAAUUCCACUCCCGAUUCCAACUAAACUGACCGUUGAUAGCGUAGAUAUUCGCACGAGUUUGGUGCUUCAGAUCAACAGCUCACCUCCAACGCCCAAGACAACGGGGGUCAUGCGUGUAUACGACGGUGGAGAGAAGCUAAAUGAGCAGCUGAACGCUACCUGUACAGCUUUUCUGAGUCGCGAGUUGCGCUUGAACGAAGUGAACCGCGUGAUCUACUUGCCUCGUGUCUGUGAGUGGUAUCGCAUUGGUCAUCACGAAGAAAGUGACGACCAAGACAACCGACGAAUGAGUCCGCUGACUCAACGUCGUCGAAGAAGAAGUAGCAGUGGAAGCAGUGGAGUGGCGGCACUGCCGACAUCCAGAGGUUUUUACUGCUUACAACGAUUGCUCGGCUACAUGGAAGUGGAACAGCAUCAUCGUGCGAUGCAUCUGCUGCUCGGAGCUGGUGAAGAAUGCCGCUUUGUAUUCGACGAGUUCUGGACGAAGCCGAGUCGCUUAACUGCUGUGAGUUUACUGAGUAGCGCUGGAAAUGCUGCGCUUUCAGUUUUGACAGGUGCAGUUUCUGGCGGUGUGACUAGCACCGCGAGCCCUCAAGACGGGAAGUCCAAUGACGCAAUAUUUUUCUAACGAGAGAGUGUACUGUUCGCAACGAAAUGCAGAAUGAAGAGCUGUAUAUCUACUGAGAGUUGGACAGAAUUUUGAGUUAUAAGGAUUAUUCCGACUCUUUGCGUGAGUGCGACCUGUGCAGCCCCAAAUACAAAUACUUCAAGUACUAGCACGUUGCAAAUUCAAGCAUUUCCUACAUGAUCAAAGUUAGGAGAUACAUCUUGCCAUUUUUGCUAUGUAGUUGGUCUUUUCAUCCUCUCUCGUCGAAAUGGCCACCUCGCCUCUUCUUUCAGCACAGAUCUAUGAAUACUUGUUGGCCACGCUCUUCUUGUAGCACUAACUCAGCACAACAUGAAAGGAAAUCGGAUAUU